AUGGAAACACCUUCUACAAAAAGAGAAGGCAAAGCCUUCGAGUGUCUUAACGACGAUGUAAAGCGAUUGAUAUUGCAUAGUCUUUAUGAAACUUGUCUUCGUGACUUUGAUAGGUGGGAAUCUAUUCGUGCAAGACAGGUUAAAGCUGUUAAAAAGUUAUUGCCUCUUGGAUACACUUCUCGAAGUUUCGCUAAGUUAGUUUUACCUUAUGUUUGGAAAUAUGUUCGUAUUGUUACUAAUAUAAAUAGCGAACGUUCACAUAAUAUCGUAAUAUCUGAAAUCUUAAAAAAUGAUAAUCUUCUAUUUCCUUAUGGUGAAUAUUUAAAAGAAUUGGAAAUUAAUUUUACCGUAUGUAGUGGAGACGAACGUUGUCAUAAAAUUCCCACCAUAUCAUCAUUGCUUCAAGUUAUAGCUAUUCGAUGUGCAAAUAUACAACAAUUGAAUUUCCUAGCAAAAGUUGAACAUAAAAAUACAAAUAAAUAUCCAAUGGUACCUGGUAUAUAUGAUGAAAAUGUUAUUAUUAAUCAGAUAUUUCAAAGAUACCUGAAAAAUUAUCCCAAAACGGAAUGGAAUGAUUUCAGAAAUUUAGUUUCUAAAGCAUUCAGUCAAGGUUCAUUAGUAGAAGUUACACUUAGUUCAGAUUUUCUUCUCAUGGAUGAUGAAUGUUUGAUUAACAUUACAAAAAACAAUCCUGGUAUUAGAAAACUUUCAUUAAGAGGAUCUCAGUUUACUCAUACAGGAAUAGAGACCGCUCUACAAUAUUUGGGUGGUAGUUUAAGGGAGUUGGAAAUUUAUAAUUUAUUGGGAGAUGGUAGCACUAUAGCACUAAGGGGCUCCCCUUUGAAUAUUACUAUUGACUCUUUAUUGAGACCAUGUCGAAAUUUACAGCGUAUUCAUUUGGUUGGCAUAAAAUAUAGAUUUGUUGGUAAAUUAGAGACAUAUAUUUGUCCUUUACAGUCUAUUACAGCAAAUCAAGUUGAUGAAGAAACUCUCAGACGUUUAUUCUCACUUGUCGAUAAACAAACUUUAUCUAAAGUCAACAUCACUUGUCCUUGUGAUGUAGUCAAAUGGGAUUCAUUUCUUUGUUCUUCUAUCUUACCCUUUGCAAAAGAUGGUAGCUUGAAAAAUCUGAUAUUACUUAUAUUACGAUGUCAAAAUCAUCAAUAUAGUUCUUAUGCUUUAGACCCAGAAGUUAUUAUGAAGAACAUUACGAAUACUCUACAAAUAUCAGAAACUACUGUCAGUUUACUUUGUUCAAAACUAAAUGAAUGGAGGAUAUUGGUGGGCAAGGAUACGGGAGAUCAAUUGUAUUCGGUUGAAUCAGAAGGGGUCGAUUUUGUUUCGAGAACAUGCAUAUUGAAUUACGAUAGAUUGGCUUUAUCUGAAUAUUGUUAUUAA